UUUCUAGGUGUCUAGCAACAGCUAUCAGCCCAGACAGCCGGCGGCAACGGGAGCGGUAUUUCUCGGUGUGUCUUUCCACGAUUAUUCGCUGCCGGGUAUUCAUAAUUAAUAGUCGCUUGGCUGAAAAUAGUGGAAAAAACAACCCUGACCCCUGCACAGAGAUAUGAGCGGCAGCGGGCGGCCCAGGACCAGCUCGUUUGCUGAGCCGCCAGGUGUUCCAGGAACCGCCGCUGCGUCCACCGGAUCAGCCGCUGCCGUGGGGAGCAGCACAGGAAAGUCCGGGGUCCCGCAGGCCUCCGGCAGCAGCUCGUCGGGAUGCUCGAACCUCAAGCUUGCCAGAGACAGCGGGAAGGUGACUACAGUUGUGGCCACACCAGGUCAGGGACCGGACCGCCCACAGGAAGUCUCUUACACUGACAUAAAGGUGAUCGGCAAUGGGUCGUUUGGUGUGGUGUACCAAGCUCGCCUCAUCGACAGCCAGGAGAUGGUGGCCAUUAAGAAAGUUCUGCAGGAUAAGAGGUUCAAGAAUCGGGAACUACAGAUUAUGAGGAAGCUGGAUCACUGCAACAUUGUCAGACUACGUUACUUCUUCUACUCCAGUGGAGAGAAGAAAGAUGAAGUGUAUCUCAACCUGGUGCUGGACUUUGUCCCUGAGACGGUCUACAGGGUUGCCAGGCAUUUUAACAAGGCCAAGAGCAUCAUUCCUAUUAUAUAUGUGAAGGUGUACAUGUACCAGUUGUUUCGCAGUCUGGCUUACAUCCAUUCCCAGGGCGUGUGUCACAGAGACAUCAAGCCUCAAAACCUGCUCGUCGACCCAGAAACUGCCAUCCUCAAGCUGUGUGACUUUGGCAGUGCCAAGCAGCUGGUCCGUGGUGAACCCAACGUGUCGUAUAUCUGCUCACGGUACUAUCGUGCCCCUGAGCUCAUUUUUGGUGCCACAGACUACACGGCAAACAUUGACAUCUGGUCAGCAGGCUGCGUACUGGCUGAGCUGCUGCUCGGACAGCCCAUAUUCCCUGGCGACAGUGGGGUGGACCAGCUCGUAGAGAUUAUCAAGGUGCUAGGAACCCCAACAAGGGAACAAAUCCGAGAGAUGAACCCAAACUACACAGAAUUCAAGUUUCCUCAGAUCAAAGCUCAUCCAUGGACCAAGGUGUUUAAACCUCGCACUCCUCCCGAGGCCAUUGCUCUUUGCUCCCGGCUGCUGGAGUACACGCCGGCCUCACGGUUCUCCCCACUAGAGGCCUGUUCGCACGCCUUCUUCGACGAGCUUCGACAGCCGAACACACGACUGCCCAGCGGCCGAGAACUGCCGAUGCUCUUCAACUUCAGCACCACAGAGCUGUCCAUCCAGCCCCAGCUGAACUCAACCCUCAUUCCUCCUCACGCUCGCUCACAUACAGCUGCUUCCGCCCACGAUGGUACCGGUUCAGAUUCAUCUCAACACAGUUCAGUACCAGGAUCUCUUAACAGCAUCUGAAGCAGCCUCUCACCUGCCUGCCUGCCAGCCUCACCUUUAUCUCAGACACACACACACACACACACACGCACACACACACACUACCGCUUUCCUCCAUGCUGCUUGCUCUCCUCUUAGAUGAUCUGUUUUUGUACAGCAAAUGCGUUGAACAAACUAAACAUUAGUUCUUUAGCUGCCAGGGUUGAAACUACGGCAGGUGAUUGUUGAACACACACACACAGAGUCGUCUCGCUGCUGCUCGGGUGGUCAGUGAAGGUUCAAUAGUCGGGGCUGGUCCUCUGUAAUAUAACCUUUUUAUUAAAUCAACAUUUUUUUUCUUCUUCUUUAUAUUUGUGUUUAUUUAUUUGACUAAUUGAAAGCAUUGUAUGGUCACAAAAACAUUUAGUCCUUUGAUUUUUUUCCACUUCAGAUUAUUUUUUUAUAUUCUUCAGUGUUUCUGCAUCCCUGUUAGUGAGGGGUGAACUGUACACUGCCUGACCAGAAGAUCAGAACUGGCCUCAAACUGGUCCAUCAGGGUAAAGGAUGUUUUAUUCAACUCAGGGCGGGAGAGCGGAUGCAGGGACUGAUAAAUUCCUAAAUCCUCCAGCCACAUUGUUUCACCAAUCCAGCCUGAUGUUUAGGUUUAAAUUAAACUUCCUCAUCUUGAUAUUUACCUGCUUAUAUGGCGGGUAGAGUAGAAAACCUCAUCAGCACCAGGUAGCAGUUAUCAGUGUUUGGUUGGAGGUGUACUGGAUUGCCCCUUAUGUGAAUUGUUCAGUUGCUGCAUUUAUACAGACUGGACUGGAAAUAACCACACUCCACCGGUCACCGCGUCUCGUAUCCAUUUGUUUCCUGUUUUAGAGAGUUUUGUCUGGAAAAAGAGGGAAAAAAUCCUCAAAGAAACAGUUCCCCUACAUGCCCACUGUUGUAGUAUAAAUAUGGGUAAACCCUUCAUGCAUUUAGGUUAUUUUUUUUAUCUUUUCCACAUUCAGGAGGGCAGAGCUGUUAAUUUAUUGGAAAGACGUUAUUUCCAGAGGAGAAAAAUCCUCAACUCCUGCUCUUGUUCGUCACCUGGAAAAUUAGUGUAGACCUGUAAAUGUCCAGUUGUAAAGAAAGUGUGAAUGUGCUGCUCAGCAAAAGCAGAUAUAGAAAAUGAGCCUUUUGAAAUCAAGCAAACAAAUUAGAACCAUAGUAGUGCAAAUAGUAGUUUGUUACUGGAAGCUGCACCUUGCGCUGCUUGUUCUCUGUCCUGCCAACUAGGUAUUGUAUUCACUUAAUGAUCAGAUGAAAACCAGCAGUGGUCUGGACACCUCUGUCCUAGAUCAUUGCAACAAUAGAAAACAGAUAUUGGAGCUCUUCUAAUAAACUAGAGAUGACGACAUCAAUUCCGCUUAAAGAAGUUGUCACCAUAAUUUCUUUCCUGAACGAAAUAACCAAAUUUACGCCCCUAUUCAAACACCCAAAGAAAAAGAAACCUGAAAGCCAUCACAGGUUUCACUUGUCCUAAAUAGUGUUAGUGAGUGGUGGAAACGGCUGAUUCAGAAAUGACUUAAAGGGACAAUUUACCCUAAAAUCAAUAAUACCUUUCUUUCCUCUUACCUGUAGUGCUAUUUAUACGUCUUGAUUGCUUGGCAUGUUACAAAGUGUUGGAGAUAUCAGGUGUAGAGAUAUCUGCCUUCUCUCCAGUGUAAUAUAUAUUUUCUACCAAACUACACCUGGCAAUGAUAUCACCGUGCAGAAGUGAGCAUUUAAUGGUAGCUCACCUAGCACCACUGAGCCAGCUAACAAAGCUAACAGCUAACUAGUUCCAUUGUAUUGGAGAGAAGGCAGACAUCUCUAUGGCCGAUAUCCCCAACACUCAGCAACUCACACCAAAACAAUCUAGAUUGAUAAACAGCACCACAGGUAAGAGGAAAAAUAUUUUGUUUUUUUCUUUGGGGUGAACUGACCCUUAUAAAAUGAAUGAAUAAAAAAGAUUAUUCUUCUGUUUUUCAUUUCGAGCUUUCAAAAUGAAAAAAAAACCCCUUACAUUGCGAUCAUGACGUGGUUAAUGAUAAGAAGUGAAAACUUUUGUAUUAGAGCAAAUGCUGUUGCUUUUAAAAAAGCCUGAAAUUGUUUUAAGAUAAAUGAUGCAUUUUAAAGCUUUGAAAAGUAUUUAAAUGUGGUAAAUAUAGUUACUUGAUGGCUUCCCUUUACAAUCCCCCCAAACUGUCUGUUGACAUGUAUUCAUACAGGAAACAGUAGGCUGGUUUUAGUGGUCUUAAACUCUGUUUUAAUGUCACAAUAAUUUACAGAUGUCUCUAAAAGAAAAACCUGUAAAAUCCCCUGAAAAAUAUUGGCAGACUCAACACAAAUGCUGUCCAGUCAAAAAGUCACUUUGGGUGGGGUUCCCCUUCAGCUCAAAGAUCUUCCUUGUCCUGUUGUUAGUGUAGAAGAAAAUGCUUUUUUACUCCAAGAGCAGAGUGAAUGUUGGUCCUGCUGUUGAUUAAAUGCAGCGGACAGGAAAAUGUAAUGCUUUAUUAAACUUGGUGGUGGGGGAGGGGGGGGAUACGUCAUGUAAAUUUAUUUAUUUAUUUGUUUUUGUGAUGAGAGUUGGAUGUCCGUUACUUUAAGAGGGCUUUGAAAUUGUUGAAGCUUCUUUAGGAAACUUCAUAAGUGGAAAUGAGUGAAAAGUAGUGAUGGCCAAAUGAAGCCUCAUGAAGGAUUUUCUUUAUUUUCUGAGCCCACUAAAUGGCGCUUUUUGUUCAACAAAAAGUUGAUAACACACUGAAUUGCCAUCCUUUGAGCCUCUCUGUUUAAACCAAGAGUACCAUCUAGUGGGCUCAGAAAAUAAAGAAAAUGCUUCAUGAGGCUUCAUUUGGCCAUCACUAGUGAAAAGUUCACAGAAGCGAAGCAUAAAGGAAGAUGAAUGAAAGGCUUAAUGUGAAUAGUUGUUCAAUUUGAAUUUCAGGCAGGGGAGUUCCUGUUAGGUGACUGUGUGUUUGUGUGCCCCUUGUGCUUCUAUCUUUGUGAGGACCAAUUUGAGUUUUACCCAUGCAAGCGUGAGAUAAGAGACGUUUGAGGUUGAGGCUGGAUUCAGGGUCACGGGUUAGAGAAUGUAUUAUCGUAGUCCUCUCAAGUGUAGAAGUGCAAACGUGUGUCUGACCAUGUUCCAACCUGCAGUCUGAACAGCCAGUGUUUUAGGGAUUAGAUCAGUCAACAAUACAGAAUCUUUGUAAGCAGUACAGACCACUUGAAAGUUUGUAGUAUAGUAUAUUUGAUACUGUCGUUCCAUGCUUCCACCUGCUGGUUUUAAACUGCAGCCAUGUUUUCUUUUUUUUGGAAAUAUCAGUGAAGAUGCUUUUUUUUUUUUUUUUUUCUUAAUCCACCACAUUCGGCACAUUUACAUUGAUUUUAUACGAGGAGAGUGGAGAGCAUUUCUCAUUCUGCUUUCUUUGCUGCAAAGAGUCCAACCAGCAUGUUUGAUUUACUCCGCAGGGUGCAUCACACUCAGAGCUGUCAGACUCUCUGCGGCUAUGAAAAGGUGUGACCCCAGCCAAGAGGAAUCAGACAUGGCUGAUUCUUCUCUUCCUAUAAUCUCAGAAGCCAUUUUGUUCCCCCUCCUUCACUCUCCUUCUCUUAUCGCACGUGUAAAUAUCACUGAUUUUUAUUUUUCCUCUUUUUACUUUUUAUUACAGAGUUGUUUAUAUCUUAUCCCCCACCCCUCCCAUCCUGUUGAUGAAGCAGUCUUAUUUUGUGCAUUUUUGUAAAUAAGUUUCUUUUUUUCACAAGUCAAAAUGUAAAUACUGCAAAGGAAAAAAAAUCAGCCUACUCCUCAUGUUUGUUGAUGAUCUUUCUCUCUCGUUCUCUUUCUCGUAGUCCAGUGGAAAUUGUAAAAGUAGCUGUUAACAUCAUCAGCUGUCCUCCCUGUUCAGUCCUCUGUGGAGCAAAGUUACUGUUGACUGAAUAUUUCAAAGGUUCUGUUCCAAAAUGCUCCGUAUGUGAUCUCUCUAAAAUCUAACGGCUGGAGGCAUCAGGUCAUGUUAGCAGCAUCUUGGGUUUGAAUCUGUCCGAGGAUGCAUGACAGCACUCUCUUCAACCUUCUCAACUAUACCUACUGUUGAUCCACACAGUAUAAUAAAUGCAAAACGUUUGAAAUUAUGUUUGUUUUACUUUUUUUAAAAAAAUUUUUUUAUUAUUAUUGUAAAGCACCUUAAAGAGAUAAGAUCUUUUCAAGUGAGGUUGUUUGACCUACAGUAGAUGUCAGUCAGUAUGCCUCCAGUUUGGAGAAGCAGGCUAGCUAAGCUGUGUACUGCUGUGGAGGGCUCAGCAGCAAAAUGCAUUUAAGCCACCUAAAAAAUCAAUAUCAUUUUAAGUGUGCGCUAUAUUUAGAAUAUUAUCACCUCUCUGCCUUUCCUUCUGAGAGGGAAGCCAUUAACACCUCAGUUUCCCCAUCUCUGCUCUCAUCAAAGCCACCAGACUCAUUUUGGCUCAUUGCACUCGAGAGCUGCUGGUCUACCGCAGUGGCUCCCAACCACGAGGUCCCAACCCCCACUAGGGGUCGCCCAAGCUUUGCGUGGGGCUGUUAGUCCUUCUUUAUUCUAAGAGGUGUAGGCCUACAUCUCUGUAUUUCAUUUAUUUCUGUAAAAAAAUGGUAAAUAGUAAAAAAUUGUUCGUCUUAAAGUUUAUAAUAUUAUUUAAGAUGUAAACUUAAAAUACAUUUCACAGGAUAAGGACAAGGUAAAGAGCUGAACACUUGCUAUAGUGGCAGAGCCUUUACUCUGCUAAAUUGCCUCAUCCUGAGGACAGAACAAUGACCAAGUGUCAAGGAGAAGAAAAUGCAGAAUUUGUCAAAGAGGCCUCUUAAGUAUGCAUGAUUAUUAAAAAUACAAAAACCCUGUGACUUUGGUGAAUCUGAGCCAACACUCUAAAACACCAAAGACACACAAUAACACAAAUAAACCGGAAAAGUCAGCCUUUAUAUAAAGCAAUAUCACAGUGUCAUCUCCCCUCCACAAAUUGCUGUCUACAUUUUGCUGCUGCCCCUGUCCACAGCAGUACAUUGCUUAUCCUCUGUGUCACUACUCCAGCCUGUUAUCUGCAAACUGGGGGUGCACUGACUGCCAUUUACUGUGGGUAAUACUUUCAGUAAGGAGAAGUACCUCACACACUUCAAAGGGUCUGAACUAUCCCUUUAAUUGAAGAGGCUUGUAAGUGACUCAGAAUCACAUUUAAUAGACUGCAGAUUCUCCACAAGAGGGAGAUGUUCCGCACAUGCUAAUUAUAGUGAAACAUACUCAAGAUACAGCUCUUACUUUUUCUUCAGGCCUCCUACCCUUUUAUUGAACAAUAAAAAUACCUCCUCCUGUCCAGCAAAUAGGACACACUAAGAGCAAUGUGAACCUCGUUGCUGAAAAUGUGUUCCAUUUUUGCAAAUUUGAAUUAUAAAUUUUAAUUUAAAAACAGCAGCUAUAAAAAUGAAAAGCCCACAGCAGAGAUGGGGAGCAGGUUGCAGACGUCUUUUUCAUUCUCAAAUUGAAAGUUUUCAAUCCCAUCUGACAUCAAGGCAGUUUUAUCAGAUUUCACGCAGCUCCUCUGGAGGCACAAAAAAAGCUUUGACACUUAAAAUCACUUUUUUUUUUUCAGUUUUACUCCCACAUUGUUGACUUUUCUCAUCUUGGAACAGAACUUUGUGUGUUGUGACAGAUUGCAAUAUAUUAUUACUGUGCAGUAUUGAGACAAAAUGUUUUGCCUACAGGUCACUGGCACUUUUAGAGAAAGUGCCGCGUCAUGUCUGACUUGAUCUCAACAGUGUUUAGUUGAAAUCGCAUCAUGAUGUGUUCUCAUGUUGUACUCAACACGGGCAUUUUGCAUUAUGUGCCGCACGGCAUUCAGAAUCGCUGCUUAUGAUUAUAAGAUGGCAGAAGUAGACAUUUGUGUUGUGACUGCAGACAGAGCCACCUAUCAACCUCGUGUGCGUGUGUGCGUGUUUGUUUGUUGCCAGUUAAUACGCAGAAAUGUUGACAGACUGUUUCAAACUGAAUCUGAGAAAUUGUACUUUGUGGUUUUAAAUUCUCCUAAACCUCAGUUGUGUUAACAUUACCUUCCUCGUGACUGAGGGAGGUUACUGCAUCUCUACAAGCUGAUGUGUUGGUGUGAUGGAGAGAUAGACUGAGAAAGAGAGAGAAAGAAACACAAACCUGUCCGUCUCUGUUCUGUGUAUGUAUGAUAUGGACUCAUUUACUGUAAUAAAGUGAUGAAACUGUG